AUGUUGCGGCUCGUGCUGACGCUGCUAGCGAAGAAGAAGGUGCCACCUCCGCCAAAGCGGGGGCGACCCGCGACCCCCCAGCGAGGGAAGUCGAAGUUAGUUCCAAAGGGGCGCUCACCGUCGUUGACCCGAAAAGUGACACCGAAGGUCGUCAGCCGUCAGUCGCCUGCGAAAAAGAGCACGAUCAAGGUAUCCACUGCGAGGGUUAGCCGUAGGAGCGAUAAUAAAGGUAGGGGGAGCAAACUGAUCGACGAUGUGGACAGCUUUCCCGUGGCGGCUGCCGUGGAGCAUGCGCCCGCCGUCGUCCCGUCAGUUGAGGUUGCAGCUACAUCCACCGCGAUGACGGUGACUAGAAAACCACACUACUCUCUCGCCACAGCUGUUUCAACUGUUAUUGUCCCUCCCUGCGCGAACGCCGUGCUGGAGACGAUGAAACAGACGCUCUCACCUUCCGUGAGAUCUCCAAGUGAGGCUGGUGUCGACCUCUGCGGUGAUGGGAGCGGUGUCGAGCAGGGCGGGGAGCCACCGUCACAAAUGGAAGAAUUUUACACGCCAAAGAAAGGACCUCUCUUUGCCACCGCUGUCAUUGCCGGCACUAAUGCGGUUAAACAAACCAGUCAAUUGAUCCCCUUCUGCCACCCAGCGCGCAUACACAAGUGCUCCUUUACCUUUAGGCGGCGCGUGCUUGGCGGCCUUACACGCAUUUCCUCCCUUCCUCAUCGUGUUGUUUUGAGGAAAAGAGCAACACCUUCCCCUCAUUCGAGCCGCAACCGUCCUGAGUGCAGCGUUAUUUACUGCUUUUGUACGGUGGCAACAGAUGAUGAGACACGUUCCGGGGUAGAAAUGGAGGCACUAGCUGGAGCAACGAUGGCAGCACUCACAAUGUACGACAUGCUGCGCGCCCUUCCGUCUGCGCAGGAAGAUGGAAUCAGCGUUGGCGAAGCCUUUGUGCUGGCAAAGAGAGGUUCCCGUGGGGACUUUACGAAGCUCCUCGUAUCUGAGCUUCCAGCGGAGGACUCGGCUGGUGCCAUGGGCGAGGUAAGAAGAGCGGCAUUAACCACAGGACGGGAGGAUAACGCAAGUGAGGACAAUUUCACAUACGCUGAUGACUAUGAAAAUCUAAGUGGUGGGGAAGGGCUGGAAACUGGAGUGGAGGAACACAGGAAAGUUGGAACUCUACAAACCUCCGGGUCGCGAUGCGGAGGGUUAGACGAUGGAGAGCACCAGUCAGAAGAAUUCCACGGCGCUGCAGAUGCCAUUGAUGGUGAUGCUGCGAGGCGGGAGCGUCAGCGUGAGCGUGAUGCAAUUCUUGGUGAGGCAGAGGAAAUGGAGGCGGAAGGGAGUGUUACCAACCCGGAAGAAGAGGAAAGGGCAAUGCCGGAAGAGGCUGCCACUCUGAUAGAUCGGAGCGCUUGGUGGAGGUCCACCGCACGGGAUCGGAGACUGCAACAUUUGCAGCAAAAUAUGAGACAUGAAGGGAACUCAAAUCGGUCGGCACCUCAGGCUCCGGCACACAAGUCACCGGAGGUGAGGCCACCGAUGCAGAAGGAUGCGAUGAAGAAGUUAGGUGUGAAAAACAAACCUCAGGAGUUGCCGUUUCAAAGGCCAAAGAUUAUACCGGUGAGUAAAAAAUCUGUGAAGCUUGUGGAUAAGAAUGGUGGUAUCGCUGUUCCGAAGGGGCAGCGCGUAGUUGUGGUGGAGGACGAGUAUUAUGAGGAGAAUGGGGAUGAAGCACACGCCGACGAUGAGAUUUACGGUGGUGAUGAUAGUGAAUAUGAGGAACUUUACAACGACGAUGAUGCUUUGGGGGACGAAACUGCAUUGGAGUCCGAGGCGCAGCAUAAGAAGUUGCUGAGGUACAAAAGUGGUGAGUCUGUUAGAGCGCAGACCACAUCCAGGGGUGCCGUCAGCGUCCACAAGAAAGGAAGGGACUACCGUGAUAAUGACAGCUACAACGACGAGAAUGCCAGCGAGGACGGUUUGUUUGAAGAGGAGAUGGAGAUGGGUUCACGACAGAAGGUUAAAAAGGGUAAAAUAGUUCAGUCAUUGCUUUCCCGAAGGGGAAAUGCCAGGGCGACCGACGAUAGCUACGAUCACGACAACCAGUCUGUGACAUCUCCCAAACACGAAUCGUGGGAUGCCGAGGAAGCAAAGGAAUGGGAAAGCGAAGAGGAUGAUUGGAGUAAUAUAAAUAUGCACAAUGAAACCGAGAGUGUAGCGAAGGGGCAUCUGCACGCCAAAAGGCGUAAUCCCCUCCCACUACCGAAGAAAAAGGAGAUGAAAUUCAAGAAGACUAUCAAACAGAAACAACGCCCUGAGAAACGGUAG